CAUGAAAGAAGAAACAAUAUGUACAAGUCAAUUAGUUAUCAAGUCUUUCAAGUCUAGUAAAACAUCUGCGACCAAAAAUAGAGAAAAUGGAGGUUAACAAUAUUGUUCAUAAACCAACUCGUCGGUCUGUAGAUUACCAUCCAAGUGUUUGGGGUGACUAUUUCCUUGCAUAUGAUUCUUCCCUUACGGAAAUUUAUCCUGAUGAGGAGCAAGAAGUUGAAGUGCUUAAAGAAGAGGUGAGGAAGAUGCUAGUAUCAGAUCAUGCUGUAUCCACACAAAAAUUAGAGUUAAUUGACAUGAUCCAACGACUGGGAGUAUCGUAUCAUUUUGAAAACGAAAUUGAGGAAUCACUUAAACACAUCUACAACAGCUGCAGUGAAUUUGAUGAUAAUGAUGAGGACCAUAAUAUGCUUGAGACACUUGCUCUUCGAUUUCGAUUGCUAAGACAAGCCGGAUAUAACGUCCCAUGCGAUGUCUUGGAAGAAUUUAUGGACGACGAAGGAAAAUUCAAGGAAGUAUUGGUAAGUGAUGUGAAGGGAAUUUUGAGCUUGUAUGAAGCAGCACAUGUUGGGGUUAAAGGAGAGAAUAUUUUAGAAGAAGCAUUAGCUUUCACUACAACUCGACUUAAAUCUGUGGUACCUAACUUGAGUGGUCUCCUUUUAGCACAAGUAGCUCAUGCCUUAAAGAUGCCAAUUCAAAGAACAUUAGAAAGAGUAGCAGCAAGGCAAUACAUAAAUAUCUAUAAAGACAGUCCUAAGCAUAAUGAAUUGCUACUACGAUUCGCACGACUUGAUUUCAACAUGUUGCAAAAGGUACAUCAGAAAGAGCUAUGUGGUAUUACAAGGUGGUGGAAAGAUUUGGAUGUCGAAAGAAAAUUUUCAUUUGCUCGAAAUCGUGUGGUAGAAGCCUAUUUUUGGAUAUUAGGAGUAUAUUUUGAGCCUCAAUAUUAUCGUGCUCGAAUAUUUACAACCAAAGUAAUCUCCCUUGCCUCCAUAUUGGACGACUUAUAUGAUGUUUAUGGAACCCUCGAUGAACUUAAAAUGUUCACCGAUGCCAUUGAGAGAUGGGACAUAAAUGCAUCAAAGCAGCUACCUCCAUAUUUGAAGCUCCUAUACCAUUAUAUUCUUGAUGCUUUCGCUGAAAUGGAAGAGUUGUUGGCAAAUGAAAACAAAUCCUACCGAAUUCACUAUGCAAAAGUAGAGCUGAAGAAAGUGUGUAAAGCAUAUUAUCAAGAGUUCAAGUGGUAUGAUGCUGGAUAUAUACCAACAUUUGAGGAGUAUUUGAAAGUGGCACUGGUAACUGCAUGCCAUAUGUUGCUCUCCACAAUUUCUUUGGUUGGUAUGGGAGAAAUUGUCACUAAGGAGAACUUUGAUUGGAUUACAAGUGAACCUCUAAUGGUAAAAGCUUCAUCUAUAGUAUGUCGAUUGAUGGAUGACAGAGUUGGACAUCAGUUUGAACAAGAAAGAGGGCACGUAGCUUCAGCAGUUGAAAGUUACAUGAAAGAGUUUGGUGGUUCAAAGCAGGAAGCUUAUGCCAAGUUUGAAAAACUUGUAGCAAAUGGAUGGGAAGACGUAAAUAAAGAAUGCCUUUAUUCUGUGCCUGCACCCCGGCCUAUCCUCUUGCGAGUACUCAAUUUAACCCGUGUGAUCAAUCUCUUGUACAAGGAUGAAGAUUUAUAUACAAACUCCAAAACCAAGCUAAAGGAUAUCAUUACCAAAGUAUUAGUCGAACCAUUUAAAACAUAGUUUUUCAAUUAUGCAAUGUAUUUUCAUCGUGUAUUAUUUAAAGUAUAAUAAUGUUUUGAUUAAUGUACUGGUAUUCGACUUAAAUAUGAAUAAA